AAAAAUAGAUAAAACCCUUUACCUCCUCCCCGCUCAGAGACCAUCGCGGAGAGAAACCCCAAACCCCCAAAUCUUGUCGACUCCAACGAUGCCGCCGCCGCCGACGAGCGCCCCGCAUUCUCUCGCUGCUGACGAUUUCCACACCUCGGACACGGCUGCCGCCGCGGCCGGGGCUGUGGUGCCAUGCGCGGCGUCCCAGCCGGGGACCAACGGCGGCAAGAAGCCUGCGUUCGCGUUCGGGCGGGUGUGGUCGGAGGCGGACGAAGUUCGCAUCCUCGAGGGCCUCGCGGCGUACGCCGCGGCCCACGGCGCAGAACCGCGCCGGUCCCAGCUCCACGCCGCGCUCGGCGGCUGCGGCCUGGACAAGUCCGAGUUCACCGUCACGGAGAUCUACGAGAAGGUGCGGCGGCUCCGGACCAAGUACGCGAACCGGCGCUCCGCCGGGGGCGUGCCGGUGCCUGCAGCUGCAGGUGGGGCUGGUGACGGCGAUGAGGCGCGCAAGUACGAGCUGUCGAGGUCGAUUUGGGGCGACCUGCCGCUCAAGAAAGUAGGCGCCAGCCACGCCACCAACGCCAGUGGUAAUGGCAAUGGCAAUGCCAAUGCCAAUGCGGCUCCGGGCACACGGGCACGCAGAGGGAUCGAGGAGCUGCAGGGCCUGUACCCCAGCCUUGCCUCGGCAGUUGAGGGGAUCACGGACAACGAGUCGCUGCGGCCAGUGCUCAAGAGGGCCUUCCAACUUAUCAGCGACGAACGAGCACGUCAGUUGGAUGCCAAAGUGAAGAAGCAGAGGGAUAUGGAGGCGCAGAUGGCGGUGAAAGUGACUGCACUGAGGAACGAGGUACUUGACACCCUUACCGGAUCCAUGGAUUGCUUCAUCAAUGAUGUUAAGUAUGAGGGGUAAGGUCUACAUGUCUUUUUGUGAGAAAUGAACUCCGGACCGGAGGAAUUAAUCAUGUUUUAAGGCUAGUUUGGAAACCAUAUUAUCCCAUGGGUUUUUCAUUUUCCCAAAGGAAAUUAGUUCAUUUUCCCUUGGGAAAAUAAGAAUCCCUUGGGAAAAUUGAGUUCCCAAACUAGCCCUUAUUGUAUAUAUAGACACUCUAGUGGGAGGUGGUUGGUGACAAUUUUGUUUUUGGUGUUGUCAACCCUUUAGUUUCAGUGUUCCCAUGAUAAAACACUGGUAUGGCUUUCCUAGAAGAACAUGUUCUACAAUAUUUGGCUAAAACUUCUUGUACUUGUAGUUGGAUAGUUAUGUAAUGCAGAGAGUUGUCACUAACAGAUAUAAAC